AUGAGCUCCCUUUUCUCGAGACCAAGGGAGAACGGUAACGAGAGCUCGAUAACGACACGUUGCCGCGCGUUGUCAGUCUGCUCGGCGACGAGCAACGUCUACCUCAGGAUAAAACCGAGCUCGUUGGACUCGAGCCCGAGCGAGGAGGUGUACGCGUUGCCCGACUCGACCACUCUUCACAUAAGGAGGGGGGAGAACGCGGAGAAGAAGUACUCGUUCACGAGGAUAUUCGACGGGGACACGAAGCAGGCCGACUUCUUUUACGAGAGCGUGCGAAGGCAGGUGAUCCACCUACUCCUCGGCGAGAGCUCGACGGUGAUCACGUAUGGGGCGUCGAACACGGGGAAGACGUACACGCUGUACGGCACCCCGGAGGAGCCGGGCGCCAUACCCCGCUCGAUCGAGCUCCUCUUCUCGGCCAUCAACUGCACCCUCGCCCCCUGGUACAAGAUCGCGGACGACAACACGGUGGUCGCGCUCGACGAGCCCGAGCGCACCUUCGAGAUAUUCAACAAGACCAGCCUGAUAAACCCGAGCGUGAUGGCGAGGGAGGAGUACACGCAGGCCCGGCUCUCCCUCGACAACUCGAACCCACGACUCGCGGAGACCGAGGAGAGGGAUCUGUGGAGCGACGAGUGCAUCUCCUCCGUGUGGAUCUCGGUCGCCGAGAUCCACAACGACAACGUGUACGAUCUGCUGAUCGGCCACGAGCAGGAGAGGAGGCCCCUCAAGGUGACCACCCGCAAGGACGGCUCCACGUUCGUCAACGGCUUGAAGUUCGUCCACAUAACGACCGCCCUCGAGGCUUGCCAAUUAUUGAUCCUGGUCCAGUCGAGGAUGACCGUCGCGCCGACGGCCGAGUCCAACGCGUCCAACUCCCAGUCCCACACGUUCUUCACCCUCAAGCUGUUGAAGUACGAGAAGGAGAACAAGCCGGACACGGUGCGGGUGAGCACGCUGACGUUCUGCGACGUGGCCGGGUCGAGGCGGGUGAAGAGCAGGGACGAGUCCGGGUCCCGGCUGGCCGAGUCCCGCAACAUAAACAACAGCCUGCUGGUGCUCGGCAGGUGCUUGAAAACGUUGCGGGACAGCUACUCGUCCGGGGACCACGUGGCGGGCCCGUUCCGCGAGUCCAAGUUGACCAGGAUACUUCAAAAGGUGUUGACCGGUAGGGAGAAGUUCAGCUUCGUGGUCACCGUGGACAUAGGGAUGGAGACGUACGCGGAAACCCUGAGCGUGCUCAAUUUCUCCGCGAUGGCCAAGCGGUUGGGCGAGUCCAGGCUCUCGAGGAGGACCGCGUUCUCGCUCGCCACCCCCCGGAACGCCAAGUCGUCCACGCUGCUGGCGUCGUCCGGCCUCGCGCACCAGGGCAACCCCCAGGCCAAGAGGACGAUCGCGAUCGACUUCGAGGUGUACGAGGAUCUGAAGAGGGAGAACGAGCGCCUGAGGGAGGAGACGGACGCUUGCAGGCGGGCGAGGGGAGGGACGGCGGUCUCGAGGCACACGCAGUCGGACGUCUCGGCCCUGGAUUACGACCGACUCAGGGAGAGGAACGGGGAGUUGACGGAGCGCGUGCGGGUGCUCGAGGAGGGGAAUUUGAAUCGGGAGUACGAGAUCAGGCAGGAACUGGUGGAUCGGUAUUCGGUCGCGAUCGAGGAGUUGGAGUCGUGUUGGAAGAAGCGGGUGCGGGACAUCGAGGAGGAGGGGAAGGAUCUGUUGAAGUGGUCGGUGAGCCAGGUGGAGUCGUUCUACAAGGAGCGUAUCGACAGUUUGAUGCGGCGCGGAGACGACGGCGGCGACGAGGACGCGAACGAGGACGAGGGCGAGGACGAGGACGAGGACGACCAGGAGCGGGACAACGGCGACAACGGCGAGGACAACAAGAGCAACAAGAAGCGCAAGAGGGAGGAGGGGGAGGAGGAGGGCGGGAUACGGAGGAUCUGCGAGGAUCUCGAGACCGAGAACGCGAUGAUCACGUCGAAGGUGGUCGUGCUGAGGGAGAUGGUGCGCGACCUGAGGACCGAGAACCAGCUGCUGGUCACGGACAGGAACAAGUGCAACUUCGAGUUGGUGUUGACGAAGGAGAAGUUGAAAGGUUUCCACGAUUUGAUACGCGUUCACUUCCCCGAGUUGUUCCUGAAGCUCGAGGACGAGGCGAACGACAUCGGCUGGCUCGUCCACGAGCUGAAGCGGAUACUGGACGAGAAGACGGAGGACAUCGAGUCGUUGGAGAAUAAUCUGAGCCGGGCCUCGGAGGAUUACGUGAAGAUGGUGACGAAAACUAUCGACACGGAGAAGGAGCUGCGCGAGACUAAGAGCAGGUUGCAAGAGGUGUUGUUGAGAGCGAAAGAAUUCGAGAACGAGGUGAAAGAGAAGACGAACCUCGCCAACGACUUGCAACUCCAGUUGCAGUUGUUGAGGAAGGAACUGGUCGAGAUACGAGAAUGUGAGAGCGAUUACGUUACUUUGAAAUCUAUCGAAAAAGAGAAUGUGCAUAAUUUGACGCGGAAAUAUGUUUACAGCGAUGACCUCUUCUCUAGCGACAACAGCGACAACAACGCGGAGCUAGUUGCGAGCCGAGCACGGCCGGCCAGAAAGACGGAUCGUUGCUCGUACGACAAUUACGAUUACGAUAAAAAUUCGGGGAAGAAGGUGUCGUUGAACGCUAUGGAGUCGGACGUGUCGGAUCGUCACACGUUCAGAUCGAGCGACAGCGGUAUAAAGGAAGAUUCCGGGAUCGAUUUCGGUUGCAAAAGUCGGAGAUCGACCGGCGACGAAUCGUCGCAUCGCGUGACCGACAUGAGAUCGGUGAUAAACACGUUGAAACGGAUCGCCGAUCUGAAUAAAUCGGAGGUGUCGGAGUGCAAGAACAAACUGUUGUCGUGCGAGACGAAGAUGGCCGAGUUGGAAGAGGAGAACGAGAAACUGACGAGGAUGGUCGAGAUAGAUUCGCGGAAGUACAACGAGCGGAUCAACGAGCUGACCGAAGAGUUGCUGGUCAAGGAGGAGGACGACAAUCACAGUUUGAAGAAGUUGGAGAAUUGUUUGAAGAAGUGCGCCUACCUGGAGAACCAAUUGGCCGUGCUCCAUCUGGUUCACGAGCGAACGGUGAAAUAUUUCGCGAGGCACAAAGCGGAGCACGCGGUCGGGAUCGAGAAGUUGGAGAAGAGAGAUCCGGAGGGGAAGAGGGAUUCGAAGCGGGAGGAGGAGAACGGGUCGAGAAUGAUCGAGAACGAGGAUGAUCUGUUCAAGUUGCAACGAUUGCGCGAGAAGAUCGACGAGUUCGAGAUCGUUUUGGAGAAGUGCAAAGAGGAGAGGAACAAUUAUCGCGCGCAGUUGCAGGAACAAUUGGAGACCCAGUCGAUGCUGGAGAUGAAGUUGAAGUGGUUGUCGACGGAGAUCCGAAGCAGGGACGAGAAACUGAUCUCUCUGAAGAUGGAGAUCGAUGGCAUGGCGGUGGUGAACGACUCGAACGAUGAGAAGGUGAAGAGUUUGGGGGAGGAGAUCGGCCGCUCGAGCGAGAACGUCCGCCGCGUGAGGGAAAGGUUGACGUAUUUCGAAGAGGCGAGGAAAAAUUUGGAAGAGAAUUUUUUCGCCGGUAAUAUUCUCCACCCUCGGGCCAAUCUACCGAUACGGGACCGCGGGGAGGGGGAGAGCAACGAGGAGGACGAGCUUUGCACGAUAAAGUUGCAGUUGCGGGAAAACGAACGGGAGAUGGACUCGUUGAAGAAACAUCGGAACGACAUGGUGAAAAAGUACGAGUGCACCGUGCAAAAGUUGCGGAUCGAGAUCGAAAGGAUGAGGAGGAAGUUGAUAAAUUUGCAGAAACUACUUUUGACGAAUUUCGCGUGGAGGUACAGGAAAUUCCUUAAUAAAAGGCACGAGAAGUGUAUAAUCUUCCAAUUGGAGAAAUUGACGAACCCGAACGAUCGCGACUGGAUAUUGAAACGUAUCGAGAAGAAAGUUAGCGACGAAGAAUUGUCGUUGCCGGUCGUCGAACGAUCGAUCGCCAGCCCGCGCUACGCCGAUUCCCAGUCCGCCGAUUCCGUGAAAAACGAGGAAUUCGAUAGCAACGGUGCAUACGAAUCGGAGGAAUCUUAUCAAACAGAGAGCAGUUUGGGUUUGAACGAGUGGAACGUAGACGCGUGUCAGAUCCAGAGCGACGCCUCUGACUGUUCCGAAGUACAGUGCAGUUGCGGUAUCGGUUUUAAAAAUGCUGGAAGGCACGGGAGAAUGUCAGGUUGGAUGAAAGUUCGAAGAAGCUGCGCGAAUACUUGUCUCCUGCGUCAACUCGACGGAACUCGCGCCAGCGUCGAGCAAGGAUGA